AUGGGCCAAGCUUCUGGCAGCAUCCCUGAGGAGGAAGACAAGGAUGAUGGCUGCUGCACGGUGGACAAGCAAAAGAAAGAAGUGCUGAAGAACAUCAGCGUUGUCACUCGCUUCGAGGGCAGCGACGGUGUGGAAUCAGCCUUCGAGAUGAAGUUUGAAGUCCCGGAGAGCGCCACCGCGGCUUGGCUCCUUCACGAGUUAAGGGACAGGCUGUCCACUGAAAAGCCAGAGGCACCCCAUGUCAUUGGCCUCAAGGUCCUGAAGAACAAGGAGCAAGCAGCACAAGCGCUCCAUGCAUCGGCGGUUGCUGCUGCGGCUUGUGGUGUGCUAUGUGCUGGUGAGGCCCUCACUGCACGUCAGGCAGCGAAAGCGCAAGAGGGCGGCUGUCUUCCCUACAUGGCUGCCAUGCUUGCGGGAGACGAACUCAUCUUGGACUACACCGUCCUCCUAGAGGAAGCCCUAGGAGAUGGCGAAAGCUUUGAGGCGGUCUUCGAGGUGCAGAGCGAAGGUGUCGCAAGAAGUUUGCAGGCGGCUUCCUCCCCAGCUGGCAGAGGGUUUGCAGAAGUUUCUCGUGGUCGAACCAUUGAGGAUUUUGAGAUCAUUCGAGUGGUGGGAGUGGGUGGCUCGGGCCGAGUUCUUCAGGCGAGACAUAAACCCAGCGGGCAAUAUCGUGCCGUGAAGGUCAUGAGCAAGGAGCGGCUUUUCCAACAGGAGCAACGACUCCAACGGGUGAUAACGGAGAAGCGUAUCUUGUCAAGGCUCCAGCACCCCUUUGUGGUUUCCUUGCAUUGGGCAUUCCAAACUACCACCCAUUUAUUCUUAGUGUUGGACUUUUGUGGCGGCGGUGAGCUUUUUUUCCAUAUGCUUCACCGGGGCCGCUUUGAGGAACCAGAUGGCAAAUUUUACUUCUCUGAGAUCUUGCUUGGUCUGGAGUACCUUCAUUCACAGCAGGUGCUUUACCGAGACCUGAAGCCAGAAAAUUGCUUGUUGGAUGAUGAAGGGCACAUCCGGUUGACCGACUUCGGUCUUUCCAAGGAUAAUCUCACACAUUCCGCCCUCUUCACAUCCUUUGUGGGCACUGCAGGAUACCUAAGUCCAGAGAUGGUGGCCCGGCAGGGCCAUGGCCUACCGCUGGACUACUACUGCUUAGGUUGCCUGUUGUAUUGCCUCCUCACUGGAUCGCUUCCUCACUAUGAGGGUGACUACAAGGAGCUGCCCAAAGAUAUUGGCUGUGAAUGCACUGGAUCCAAUGCUCCUGCACCAGCAGAUGAGGAGGCACCCGUGCGGGCCAACGAUGUGCCUGCUCCGCCCACAAGCGACGCCAAGGUGCAAGGCUCCAGCUCCAGUUCCAGCGCAGUGACUGGUGCAGUGACUGGUGCCGGAAGCAAGCCACUGAGGCCUGGAGCUGUUGGAAUUGGCAGCCAUGCACCAGAGCUUCAAGUACAAGGCUUGCGAAUACGCGGAGGCUCCGGCCGCUGCCUAGCAUCCGUGCCGUUGGUGCAGGACCGGGCUUACUGGGAAAUCCAUGUGGUGGAGGUAGGUCAGCAAAUCGGGACACUGCUGUUGGCUGGCGUGGCAGCACAAGGACCGGAUGACCACCUGCAACAGCGGUUGGGCGCCACUGCCAGGAGCUUUGGAGUUCAGUUUGGAACCAGUGAACCAUUGAAAGUGGGAGACGUCAUCGGCAUUGCCUGCAACCAAGCGACUUUUCCAGUGUCUGUCACUGCUUGGCACAACGGUGCACCGGUGCCAGCUCCGAUGCCCAGAGGGCUGAAAGGUGAGUUGUGGCCUGCAUUGUUUGUCUCCGAUUGUGUCGUGGACUGGGCCCUUGCUGAGUCCCAUUGGAAGGAAAACACCAGCCGACCACAGGGAUUCGAAGCUCCAAUGCCCAGUCGUGGACUCAUUGGUGGCGACUGA